AUGACAAGAUUGCGGCAUCAUCUAUAUGUUACGAAAUACUUAAGCCCAAUACAAUAUGGGUUUAGUCCAGGACAGUCUACUUUGCAUGCGCUUACAGAAGUUAAGAAUCAAAUCCUAGAAAAUAGGUCUGCUGGCUAUCACACAGCGUUUAUUUCCAUCGACUUAAAAAGCGCUUUUGACACGCUGUGGUGGCCAGCGGUUCUUCAAGCCCUGCGCCUAAGUAAAUGCCCAAGAAAUAUCUAUCUUACUUUGGAACACUACCUUUCUGACCGAUUGCUAAUAGUACCCCAUAAUAGUGGUAUGGUAGUGCAAAAUCAAAAUCAAGGAUGCCCGCAAGGCUCGUGUGCUGGGCCGUUUCUUUGGAAUAUAACAUUCAAUGGUAUAUUAACCAAUGCGUGGCCAGAGCACACGCGCAUCAUUGCGUAUGCCGAUGAUACUGCACUCAUCGUUCGGGGUAGAACAAGAGAACAACUUCAGACCAACGCCCAAGAAUCCUGCUCGCUAUUUCAUCAGAGAUGUGCAGAAAUUAAACUCAAGAUAUCUGAAGCAAAGUCACAAAUACUUCUAGUUCCCAAAAAGGGAGGUACGCUCGCAAGACAACCAAAAAUAACUUUGAAUAAUCAUCGACUUCGAAUUGUUAAAGAACUGAAAUACCUAGGAAUAGUAUUUGAUAUCAAACUAAAUUGGAUACCACAUAUUAUGGAACUGAAGAAGAAGAAGGCGCUGGGAAUAGCUCAGCAACUUAAGUUUAUGAAAGGUCACGAAUGGGGCCUUAACCCGUACAUACAGAAGGUACUGUAUAAAACAGUAAUUGAAAAAAAUUGUUACAUACGGGCGGCAGUUUGGUCAUUACCUAUGCAAGGUCGCAAGAUAAAACAUCUCUUAAGCAUACAACGACCGUUCUUACUGAAUAUUACCAAGGCAUUUCGUACUUCCCCAACUAAAGCACUAUGUGUAUUGACCGGUCUGCCACCGUUGCAUCUUAGUGUGGAAAAAGAAGCGACUUAUCAAACAGUCGCCCAAUUAGGCCAACCAGCAACCCUCCAUGAGGAUAAUUAUUUCCCAGCGGAAUAUGAGAAGAAGUUGAUACGGCUAUGUGAUCAUCCAGCGAAACAGGGAAAAGGGGUGAACAUUAAUCUCAAGCAAAAUACCAACAUAACGGAUGCUGAUUUAGUAUAUUAUACAGAUGGCUCCCAAAUAGAUGAUAACACAGGCUGUGCCUACAUAGCCCUGCGAAACCUGGACACGCUAACACUUUGGAAAGGUCACCUGGACACCAAUAAUAGUGUGUUCCAGAGUGAGGUGUUAGCAAUUGACCGGGCACUAACCCACAUCAUACAGGAGCAACAUAAUGGAAGCUUCAUAUUGACAGAUAGCUUAUCGUCUCUGCAUGCACUUUUAAAUCCAGUGCACUGUUCCCCGCUCAUAGCAGACAUACAGUCGAAAUUACAUGACAACAGUCAUUUAAACGUAAAGCUGCAAUGGAUAAAGGCCCAUGCUGGCCAAACAGGAAACGAGCUGGCGGAUCAGCUAGCCAAAGAAGCGGCGCAAAACAUAAAUGCUGAACAAAUUAAGAUACCUUGGCCAAUUUCCUGGCUAAAGAAAAAUCUUACGCAAAAAAUCAAAUCCCUGUGGCAGGAAGAGUGGAACUCUGACGACACAGGACGUCGUGUUUAUUAUCAUAUUCCCACAGUAACUUAUGAUCGCCUCAUAAUACAUGCUCAACUUGUACGGUAUAUAACGGGACAUGGUCCUUUUCCUGUAUAUUUUGAAAGGUUUGGCAUUACAAAUACGGCACAGUGCAUUUGCGGUGAAUUGGGCACACCCGAACAUUAUGUAGCUAACUGCCCACUAACAACUGAUUUGCACCUGCCGAUCCCGCCAACGAAUGAGCAAGCAUUUAGCAGGUUCAUGAUUAAAAAUAACAAGCAUGCAGUACGAAAGAUUAACAAAAUUGUUAAUAAACUUAUGGACCUCGGCACUGACCUGUGUCAAAUCUAA